CACACACGUGGGGAGUGAAACUGCAAGCUUGGUGGUAAAAGAAGUUACAAAAUGACUUUAAAAAUGGCGAAAUCCAAGACGAAGAUAAGUUUGGCUGAGCAAAUUGCAGCUUUGAGCAACCCAACUUUAAGUCAAGACCCCGAAGAUGAGUCAGACGGAGAAACAAAAGCUCAGCUUGUAGAUUUUGAUGACGACGACAUCCAAGAAAAGGAUGGAGAAAUCCAAACCAGCAGUCUCAGGAAAAAGAACUCUCGGCUCUUACAUGAGAACGAUAAACGCUACGCCGGAAAAGCCACAUCUCGUAAGACGCUGGAAACCUGGGAAGACCCUGACGGUAACAUCCAAGACCCUGCAUCAUACAAUGCAUCGGACGACCUGUUCAGUGACAACGAUGAGGCGUCAAAUGCAUCCGACGAUGUACUCAGUCCGACGGAGAUGAGCGGAAGUUCGGAUGAGGAAAUGGAGUCGGGAGAAGAAGUGAAUACUGAAAGCAUCCAAGAUCAGUUUAGGAGGCUGCGGAGUCAGAUGGAGGAGUCGUCUUCGGAAGAAGGCGGGGCUGAAGAUGGGGGAGGAAGUUCUUCCGAUGAGGAGAAUACUGAAGAGUAUGAUGAAGAUGAAAAUGAAGACGGAAGUGAAGAUGAAGAUGAUGAGGAUGAUGGAGGGGACGAUGAGGAGUAUCCUAGCAACCAGGAGGUCGGGAGUGGAGUCCAAGCCUUCUCUGAUGCCAGCAUCUCGGAGGAGAUUGCGAAAGGCAAAGCGACCAAGACACAGCUCACAUUAUGGGAUACCUUUAUGGAGAGUCGUAUCAGGUUACAGAAGUCGUUGGCGAUAGCCAAUCAGCUGCCUUCGCACGAUAAGCUUCCAUCGUUCGUAGAGACGGGCGGUCGUGAGGUUGAGGAAGCACUUCAGUCCAGCAGUAAACAGCUCCGUAAACUCCUGAUGAAACUCAUCGAUCUACAACAAACUCUGUUGCUAGGCAACCCAUCUACGCGUCACAUUGUGAUGGGUAAACAGGAACAAGCUGAGCCAAGUGAUGAAGAGAUAACCAGUUCAGAAGAUGAGGAUGAUUCAGCUCCACGCAAACAGUCGCAGAAACCCAGCGUUGCUCCGCAAUUGAAGAGAAAAGCAGACGUGAAAGACAUCGGGGAAUUCCUUACGAAACGGCAUAAAGACUUUGAGGGAUUUCAGAACGAGACGAUACAGAAGUGGCACGAGAAGACUAAGCUGUCUACUGGUAAACAAAACACAAAGGCUUUUUCUUCGUUUGAGAAGUCACCGCUGUCACAAAUUCAACAAGUUCUUCAAGAUAAACCCAGACUGAUCCGACGGACCCAGCUCAGACGGACGACCUACAGACGGCUCGGUGAUUCCGAAGAGAACCAAGACGACAGCCAAUCAAAAGAGGGAACCGAGGAAACGGGGGCAUCUGUCAAUUCGCAUCUUAAAGACUACGAUGAAGAAACAUUUGAUGAUGAUGAUUUCUACCACCAGUUGCUCCGUGAGUUGAUUGAGAAGAGAACAUCGUCAACAUCAGAUCCAGUACAACUGACAAGGCAAUGGCUAGAAGUACAAAAGCUCCGGAAGAAGAUCAAGAAGAAAGUGGACACCAAAGCCAGCAAAGGACGGAAAAUAAGGUAUGACGUGCAUGCUAAACUAGUGAGCUUCAUGGCUGCACAGGACACAGGGACAAUGAUGGAUGAAGCAAGGAAUGAGUUGUUCAGCUCGUUGUUUGGGAAAAGAACUGCCACAAAUGACACACAGUAACAUACAGUCAGUUGUCUUCCAGGGGCACUUAAUCACCAUCAGUAUCGUCAGAUGUACUUCCAGGUGCAGGGGAGAAAUUAUGGUUAAUGGCUUAGGAGACCUUGCAUGUGUUACUACCAAGUUAACCAUUUCAACUCCUGGUUGCAGAGAAGCAAUUAUGUGUACAGCCAUAGAGGACAAGGGUGAGCACAUAGAAAGUAAGGCACCAGUCUAUUUGGUAUCUCAUUUAUAUCCUGACUCGGUCUAGCACCUGGACUAAAUAAUAACACCAUGCUGCUAUUGUACCUUUUCUUUUUAAAGAUAUGUUUUAUUUUUUCUCUUUUUUUUACACAAAUACAACACUAUUGAUUCAUAUUUUAAUCAAAUAUUUUUAUUGCGUUGUCAGCAUUUUAAGAAUGCUUCAAGAGUUGUUUGUAAAGUUCUAAUUUGUUUGUCCAAUAAUUACCAACAAAAUACUACAAAAUAUUACAAGAUUAUUACAAUCACCCUUAAUGAACACCUAUCUAAAGAAAACUUUAGUUCUAUAUAGAACAAUAUGACCAACAAUACAAAAUACAAAAUAUUUAGAUUUGGUUUCAAGACGACUUUAAACUCUUCUUCUGAGCCCAAUACUGGGACUCUUUUUUCAUUAUUGAAAAGUGCAUAUAUAACUUCUAAGCCCAAUUUUAUGGCCGAGUUUUGCACUUACGAUCAAGCACUGAAUUUCGGUGAAGAGAAAAAUGUACAGUAUCGUGGAGUACGCACAAAUUCACUGAUUCCGUAAGCACAGAUCCUUUGCUUAUAGUAAGCAGAUCCAUAAAACUAGGCCCUUUUAAUUUAU